UAUGUUGUUAAUUUUAUUUAAUUUCAUAGGACAUCCAGUGAGGUCAUGGAAAAAGAAAAUACAACAGUAGUGACAGAAUUUGUUCUCGCCGGACUUACGCAUCAACCGCAGUGGAAAAUCCCACUGUUCCUGUUCUUCUUUGUGGUAUAUCUUAUGACUAUUUUGGGAAACUUGAGUCUCAUUGGUCUCAUCUGGAAAGACUCUCAUCUGCACAUCCCCAUGUAUUUAUGUCUUGGCAAUUUAGCCUUUGUGGAUGCCUGGUUAUCAUCCACAGUGACACCAAAUAUGCUGCUCAAUUUGUUAGACAAGAACAAACUGAUGUAUUUCUCUGAAUGCAUGAUUCAGUUUUUUUCCUUUGUUGUCAGUGCAACUGCAGAGUGUUUCAUUUUGGCAGUAAUGGCUUAUGAUCGCUACGUAGCCAUCUGCAAACCUUUACUUUAUCCAGUGAUUAUGACCUACAGACUCUGCAUGCAGCUGUUAGCCUUAUCUUACAUAGGUGGCUUUAUUCAUGCUGUCAUUCAUGAAAGUUUUUUACUCAGAUUAGCAUUCUGUAAAUCCAACAUAAUACAUCACUUUUAUUGUGAUGUUAUACCAUUGUUAAUGAUUUCCUGUACAGAUCCUUCUCUUAAUUAUCUCAUGCUUUUUAUUUUCUCUGGUUCAGUACAAGUAUUCUCCAUCAUGACUAUUCUUAUCUCUUACACAUUUGUUCUUCUUACAGUUUUAACCACAAAGUCUGAAAAAGGAAUGAGAAAAACGCUUUCCACUUGUGGAGCCCAUCUCCUAUCUGUGUCUUUAUACUAUGGUCCCCUUCUCUUCAUGUAUGUUCAUCCUGCACCUUCACAAACAGAUGAUCAAGAUAUGAUCUUCUCUUUAUUUUACACUGUCAUAAUUCCUGUUUUAAAUCCAAUUAUCUAUAGUCUGAGAAACAAGCAAGUCAUAGGAUCUCUGAAAAAAAUAUUGAAAAGAAAUGGUUAG